AUGGCUCGUCAACAACAAGUCCCUGUCGCGGGUACACCUAGUUCCUACCGUUCGUCAUUAGGUUCUCGGAGGAAAAUCAGCGGACUUGCUUCUUCACCUGCAAAGUCGAGAAACUCCAAUCUUGCCGAUCCGCUGACUCUGAACGACGACAGCCACGAGAAAAGGAUGCGCAACAGCUCUCGUCGAACUGCUGUUGAUGAGGCCAACAGAAGCAUCAUUGCAGCUGCAACUCCUGCGAAUAGAUCUCUAUUAGAGAGUGAUUCUGCAGAGAAUACUCCCAAAGUGCCGCUUUUAUCCAAUUUCGAGGAAUGGAUGAAGCUCGCCACCGAUAAUAAAAUCAACGCCUCCAAUAGUUGGAAUUUCGCGUUAAUCGAUUACUUUCACGAUAUGUCUCUGCUGAAAGAGGGUGAUGGCAUCAACUUUCAGAAGGCGUCAUGCACUCUUGAUGGAUGUGUUAAGAUCUACACAUCCCGCAUUGACUCGGUCGCUACAGAAACUGGAAAGCUUCUCAGCGGUCUUACAGAUAAUGCAUCCAAGCAAGCUGCCGCUUCUUCCAAGGAAGCUGCAUCGGACGACGAGGAUGACGAAGAACAGGCGACCUCCAAAAAGCCAAAGCGUCGUCCCCACGCAGACAACACUCUAGUCAAAGACUUUGAGGCUAUUCAGAUCAAGAAACUUGACUUAGAAGUUUCCAUCGAUCCCCUUUUCAAAAAAGCUACUGCCGACUUUGACGAAGGCGGUGCCAAGGGCAUGCUUCUCAACCAUCUAUCGAUUGAGGGAAGUGGACGGGUUGUUUUCGAUACCAACACCGAUAUCAAGCAUGAUUCAUUUGAGUUGGACGCCGAAGAGAAAGACCAUGGGCCCUCUAAGGAACUCGAUCUAUCAGCACUGAAAGAACGCUAUUCUAGUAACCUGCUGGUUGAUAUCAAUGAGACAUACAUAAGUCCAUCCUUGAAAGACUUUGAGUUUCCGGAUGAUUCAAACACGGUACCUGUCGAUAUUCCGUUUCUCAAAGAUUUCGAGGCAGCCGAGGACGACGUCUUUCCGCCAGCUGGUAGCAACGAUGACUAUGUCGCUGGUGGCGCCGACUUUGCAGAGGCUGAGGAGUACUCAAAUUCCAACCCAGCCGUUAAAGAAGAAUUUGGAAAUGGCGGUGACCUUUGGCUGGAGAAUAUUAGAAACGGAUCUCAGGUUCCCGAAUUUCACGACGACGACUACUCUGUCAAUCUGGAUGACUGGGAGGAUGAUGCUGAUGAUGCCCGGGCACCCGGUGCUUAUGUUCUUCAAUUUGCAAAGGAAGCUCAAACUAACUCUGCGAGCGAGUCCAAUGACAUCUUUGCAUACUUCGACGAAAGCAUCAAGAAGAACUGGGCUGGAACUCAGAACUGGAAAAUCAAACGUGUCAUGAAAGGGGCUUCCGACUCUAAGAAGCCAGCACAGACAAGACAGGUAAAGAAAAAGACAGAGCUUGUCAUCGAUUUCAUCGCUCCCAGUGUGGAUGAGGAGAGUCUAUUUGAAUCCGGCAAUCCAAGCAGCAUUCAGCUUUCCCGAUCGCAUUGGAGAUCUGAAACGAGAAACCUGCUACCCGACGAUAUCAACUUCAACUCAAAGAAGCUUUUGCGACUAUUCUUGAAGCCUAAGGUCCAGCUCCGCUUCAUUAGCUCUCGGGACGCGAAAUCGAGAAGUAACAACGGUAUGCUGCUACGUGCGGAUACCGAUGUUCUUGCUGGUAAUUCCGAAGGGACCGCUAGAGGAUUGUAUGACGACGAUGGAGACUAUCUCAGACUCGGUGAUGGCGAUGAUGAGUCCGACACUUUGCAUGGAGCAAACUACGAUGCCGACUUCUUCGCGGAACCUCUAGAGGAUGCAGGAAUUGAUGCCACCGAACAUCCCGAGCCUCAAUUUGUCGAUGCAGUUGAUGAUCUAUAUAUGCUCGAAUCUCAGACAACCAGGACUGGUGCGGAUCCAGAGAAUAGCACUAUGGUUGGUCAGGAUAUUUCGAUGUACCCUGCCGGCAACCAAACCGAAAUCAGAGACGAGACCGAGUAUGAAUUUGGAAGCCAGCUUGUUCUUAGCAACAACCGGUCGUAUAAAACAGACUUUGUUAAAUAUGCUCGGGUGGCCAAGAAGGUGGAUGUCAAAAGGCUGAAGGACAGUCUAUGGACAAAACUUAACACCGAAGAAUUCGAAGCAGCAGCCAAAUCGAGUGAUCGGACAAUUGACUCUGAAGAGAAGCAGUUCUCAGAGCUGGUGGAGGGAUUGACAGACAUGUAUCCUUCCAAAGCACUUGCCGAUAUAUCCACUAGUUUUUGCUUUAUUUGCUUGCUUCACUUGGCUAAUGAGCGUGGAUUGGAAAUCGACAACAAUGCUGAUUUCUCGGAUCUUGCUAUCAGAAAAGUCCCCGAUGUUGAAAUCGAACAAUAUUAG